CUGGCCCUCACCUCGCCCAGGAGGUCCUGCGUGGGGCUGGCCCUCACCUCGCCCGGGAGGUCCUGCGUGGGGCUGGCCCUCUGUCCUCGCCCAGGAGGUCCUGCGUGGGGCUGGCCCUCUGUCCUCGCCCAGGAGGUCCUGCGUGGGGCUGGCCCUCUGUCCUUGCCCAGGAGGUCCUGCGUGGGGCUGGCCCUCACCUUGCCCAGGAGGUCCUGCGUGGGGCUGGCCCUCACCUCGCCCAGGAGGUCCUCACCAUGCCCGCUGUUCCCUUUCACACUCCAGCCAGGUACUAUGACCCUGACACCACGGCGCCAGUCAGCUUUUACCUGUCUUCCCUGGAGGAGCUUCUGUCCUGGGCGCCCCGCGAGGAGGAUGGCUUCAACGUGGCGCUGGAGCCCUUGGCGUGUCGCCAGCCCCCACUGAGCAGCCCCAGGCCCCGGACUCUGCUGUGUCAUGACAUGAUGGGCGGGUACCUGGAGGACAGGUUCAUCCAGGGCUCGGCGGCCCAGCAGCCCUACGCCUUCUACCACUGGCAGUACAUCGACGUCUUCGUCUACUUCAGCCACCACACCGUCACCAUCCCCCCCGUGGGCUGGACCAACGCGGCCCACCGGCAUGGCGUCUGCGUGCUGGGGACCUUCAUCACGGAGUGGACCGAGGGCAGGAAGCUCUGUGAAGCCUUCCUGGCCGGGGACAGGCGUUCCUACGAGGCAGUGGCCAACCAGCUCGUGAAAAUGGCAGAGUUUUUUCACUUUGACGGCUGGCUGAUCAACAUUGAGAACACACUGAGUGCGGCUGCGGUGAGGAAUACACCCUCCUUCCUGCGCUACCUCACCAAACAGCUGCACCAGCACGUGCCGGGCGGCCAGGUGCUCUGGUACGACAGCGUGGUACAGAGCGGGCAGCUCAAGUGGCAGGACGAACUGAAUGAGCAAAACAGGGUCUUCUUCGAUGCCUGUGAUGGCUUCUUCACCAACUACAACUGGCGGGAGGAACACCUGCAGCGCAUGGGGGCGGGCGGGCGCCUGGCUGACAUCUACGUGGGCGUGGACGUGUUUGCACGGGGAAAUGUGGUUGGUGGACGAUUUGACACGGACAAGUCGCUGGAGCUGAUCCGAAAGCAUCACUUCUCCGUGGCUCUCUUUGCGCCCGGCUGGGUUUACGAGUGUCUGGAGAAGCAAGAUUUCUUCCAGAACCAGGACAAGUUCUGGCGUCUGCUGGAGCGCUACCUGCCUACACACAGCAUCUGCUCCCUGCCCUUCAGUACGUCCUUCUGCCUGGGCAUGGGCACGCGCAGGGUCUGCUACGGCCAGGAGCAGGUGGAGGGGCCCUGGUACCACCCGAGUGCCCAGGAGACGCAGCCACUGUUUGGCGAGCACACACCGGACAGGGCCGGCGGGGGCUGGGUGAAGACGCUCUGUUGCCUGGCGGACCCCUGGCAUGGUGGCAGCUCCCUGCUUCUCCAUGGCGAGAUCUCACCCGAGGCAGACCGUGUGACUGUGAGGCUCUUCUCGCUGCACGUGCCUAUACCACCCAAGGUCUUCCUGUCCCUGGUGUAUAAGCUCGAGGGAUCCACGGGUGUCACCGUGGCCUUGGAACUCACCAUGGGGGACAGCAGCUGUCAUGUUGGUGGCAUCUCCGUGCUGACCGGGGAGGAAACAGGCUCAAGACACAGCCCUCAGCCCCUGUCGUCGCCCCCAACCAAGCUGGCCAGGCGCAUGGGCCGCUGUGGCCGGCAGCUCAGUGGGGGCUGGACCCAGCGCUGCUACAAGCUGAGCCUGCACGGGUGCCUCCUGCGUGACCUGCUGGUGAGCUUCACCCGGCCACCGGGCAGCCAGGGCCCUGAGAGCUUCUCCUGUCGCCUUGGGGAGAUCCAGGUGCUGGAUGCCGAGAGCCUGCUGGCACCCCUGCCCAGGGUGCGGGCCGUCACCAUCUCGCGGGUGCGCUGGCAGCCGGCUGCCUCCGCACAGAGGGGCGCUACUGGUGGGCUGUCGCUCAGCUGCACCCUGCACUGGUCCCGCGUCCUGUCCCAGGUCCGCUGCUUCCGAGUCCACUGCUCCCUGGGCCCUGAGAAGUUCCUGGGCCUGGCAUUUGCCAACCAGUACCGGGUGGUGGACUUGGCCGUGGAGACCGCCGGCCGUGGCCAGGAAGGCCGCGUGGAGUUCCUGGUGGAGCCUGUGCCCAGGGAAGGCUUCGUGGUGCCUCGGGCGGACUGGGGCCGGGCGGUCCUGCUCUUCUCGCUCCCCGAGUAAGGCCCGUGCCCGCUCGGCACCAGGCUUCUUCCCGGCCGCCUGCCCUGUGCGGCAGCUGGUCCUGCACGCGGGCCACCGUGUGUGUAGGCAGGACACCGUGGGCACUGGCAGGCGGGGGUGGGGACGUGUGGUGCCGUUCCCGACACUUGUGGGCACCUCAGUGAGUGGACAGCCACGAGGCUCUUUGCUGAUGAACCGCAAAGCGCUGGUGCGGACGGGGCAGUUUACGUUGCCAUGAGGGGUGCUCAGGUUCCUCCCUCUUCCCUUCCUGCCCUCCCCUGUCGAGUUCACACCCCAAAGGCCCACGCUAGCCAGGCCUGGGCUGGACGCUCGGUAUGGGGCUCCCGUUGGCACCCGGUCCCCGAGGUGUCACUGCUGACUGCCAGGGUGCGUGUGGAGCAGCCAGAGCAGGCACCGCAGGGACCCCGGCACCCACAUGCUGGGCUGUGUGCCCGUGCCUUCCUGUGGUCUACUAGGGCCGAGGGUGUCGGCUGUCCUCGCAGGGUGGGGCUGAGGCGACUGCUGUGGCCCACCCCGGUACUGGCUAUCGUCAUGUGUCUGAAACUUUCUGGAAUGUU